GAUGUGACUUUGACAGGGCUUGAAGCCUCAGAGGAGGCAGACAGCAGAGAGGAGCCAGAACAUGGGGCUGGACAGAAUGACGGACAGAAGGCCUGUCCAUCUUCAGCUGACUCUGCUGAUCCUGAGUCAAAGUGGGUCGUGGGAGCUCAGUGUCGGGCAGUGUGGUCUGUAGAUGGGAAGGAGUAUCCAGCAACUGUGGUGUCUGUGGAUGGCAACAACUGCAGAGUUCAUUUCACUGGCUAUGGCAAUGAGGAGGACAUGGAACUGAGUGCGCUUAAGAGUCCUAAUGCUACACCACAAAUGGAGAACUCACAUGCUCAG